AGGUAAUUGGCGCGGUUUUUGAAACUUCGUGGAAGCAAUGUCAGUUGGGAUACCUAUCAAAGUUUUACACGAUGCCGAGGGACAUGUCGUUACUCUAGAAACUGUUAGUGGUGAAGUUUUCCGUGGAAAACUUGUUGAGGCGGAAGAUAAUAUGAAUGUUCACAUGUGUGAUCUAAUAAUGACUUCCCGUGACGGUCGUACAUCAAACCUUCAACAGGUAUAUAUUCGAGGCAGUAAAAUUCGAUUUCUUAUCCUUCCUGAUAUGCUGAAAAACUCACCGAUGUUGAAACGUCCACAGGGUGCUAAGGGUUUAGGAACGGGAAGAGGGAAGAAUGCCAUGUUAAGGGCUGGUGUUCGCGGGCGUGGCACUUUUGUUCGUGGACGUGUUGCGACUGUUCGUGGUACUGGAAGAACUACCGGCAGGUUUUGAUAUCUCCAUUAAUUUAUCGAGUAACUGAAUUUGUAUAUGCAUCAAAAUAUCCAUAUAUCUACAUCAUUCCGCAUGUCUUCUCACUGUUUGCUUCUCAUGUGUCAUUCGAUGUAAAAUUAAUGUCGAUUGCACCUACCCUCGAAUCACCAAUAUAAACUUAGUUCGUGCAUACUGUUACCUAAUUGUCUGGUACAUAAUGUGUUGUCAUAGUACAAUAAUGCUCAUUCAGUUACAGUGAGGCUAACUUAUGAAUCUUCGUGGCGCCAGUGUGUAGUUAUAUUUAAGACUGUUUGCGAAUAUAUUUGAAUGCUUACUAAGCUGAAAAUUCAAAUAACAGAUUUCUUUAGAUGUACGAGUUAUACCAGUAUUAUCAUUAGCUGCUUAAGCUUUUAAUUAGUUUCCUCUUUUCACCAAGUUAGUGAACUUUUAUCCAUGACAUUUUGAGUAGUCCAACUUUGUCCCUUCAGACGUCAAAUUGAAAUGAGACAGGAUACUCAGUAGUUAUUUCAUCCAUGUUAGUCAAAUGUUACGAUCGACCAAUCCUACUCCGUACGUAGCCAUAUUUGCCUAGUAAUUUUUGUCUUAACAAGGUUUGAUUGAUUAAAAAAUUCCACGAAUGUAGGGUCGUCUCGUCAGCUGCACUUAGAAUACAUCAAACUACAUUAUCACCGUAACUCGUCGGAUCACAAUUGUAACAUAGCGUGUUAAGAAGUCUGUAUAUUUAUGAUAAUGGAAAUAAGUACAAACACGACCAUUAAGUCAAAUAGCUUGUGAAACAUGCUUGUGUACUGACUACUUAUAAGACGAGGUGAAUUGGAUACCCUUUUAUUCUAGA